AUGCGUCAACUUUUCGUCGCCGUGCUCGGCGCGCUUGGCUUGCUCAUUUUCUUGGAGACGGCUUGCGCCGUAUUUCCGGCUCGCUUGGAUGCCUUCGGCUGGUCGUCGGAUGCAAUAGAGACGCUCAGGUCGGGGCGUCAUCUCGAAAAUGGCCCGCGUUAUGACGAGCGACAGGCGGACGAAUUCCUUGCCAACGCAUUGGUCCAUCUUACCCGGCAGGCUAAAGAGAGAGCGGCCAGUUCGGCGUUCCAGACAGGUGCAAUUUUCGAAUCUCUUAACACCAUUCGAUUUCUGCCGGUGCAUAGGCUGGUGACAAAUGGUAUCGAGCAGAUGCUUGGCCGCGGAAGCACCGCUUCACCGUGGUUUUCGAUGCCGCUGCUUAUCGCCGAUCCGCAAAGGCCGAAUGAGCUUGUCCACGCCCAUAUCCGGCUCUCAUCAGGUAGAAUCGUGCGUUCUCUUGAUCUGAUAAGGUUUGACAAGUUCAAGACUCACACCUCAAACGGCUUCUGGCUCCCAACCGCCAUCGUUCGUCCUUACUUCAAUCCCAUUAAUACCGCACUUCUCCGCUUCCGAGUGGUCUACCAGUUUCCAACUUCGCCCGCAUUGUAUGCAAAAGCUUACCGAAAUGAUCCGUCUCAGGCAUCUGCUGCACUUCGACAGAUUUUGGGGCAGAAAGAGCCCAUUUGGCUGGCUAAAAUCAAUUCACCUGAACGGCAAUUCAUGUCGUCACUGUGGCAUCGCGCUCUUCGAUUGCCUGGAAGGUUGAUUGAUUCCAGCUUUUUCACCCCUGCAGAGAGGCAAGCUUGGACGGAAAAGGAAUUGUCAGCCGUUUUGCCAGCCUCUCGAAGCGAACAGGCUCCGUUGUCCGAGCCACGUGUUGAACCCAAUCAUGCAAGCUCUGCAAAUGUGGUCGAGCAAGCUAACGCUCCCCCCGAGGUUUCCAGAAACUCAAAGGAGCAGCCAGUAACUGUCCACCAUUCCAGAGGGGACCAACAAUCAGGACUCCAGGAGAUGCUGCACAGUUUAUGGUCUCCCGAGGGUUCGAGUGCUUCUUCCGUACACCCUAACGCUCAUCUGAAGCUGAUACCCGAUGAAAGCGAAAGGCGUCCUUUGCAGCGUCAGAAAGGGUCUCCUACGGCUCUGUACGAAAGUACGCAACUGCCGUCGACACGUCCAUCGUCGAAAGACCCUCACUUCGGCAUUCGCAAAGGUCUCCUGAAGUCUCUGAACGAGGGGUUGCAACUUUCGUCGGAAAGCCCCCGGCACACUCAGAGUAUAGGCGGCACAUCGUCAAGCGCAGCUUAUCCUCCAGCCGCUCCAGAGCCACAAACGUAUGAAUAUGACUUUUUCAACUCGCAAAACGGAUUCGUUCCGGAAGCGCCAAUCCGUCCUCGACCGCGCUACCCAAGGCCAGCCCAAGAAGCGGAGCAGCCUCAGCAGAUUCACACGGAUCACGAUCUCUCGUAUCUCCGCUCGCUAGAGAUGGAAAGGGGUCUAAAUUUAGAUUUGUCGCUUGCUUCGCCGCAAUCCGGUGGGAGGAGGAUCCCCUAG